AUGGUAGCAGUAUUCAAUGCACGGAUGAAAGGUAGAUCUAUCUAUCUAUCUAUCUAUCUAUCUAUCUGUCACUUAGAGAAAGUCUCCACUUACACGUUCCUUUUAUUUCUCUUUUUUGUUAUAUUCUGUUGUAGGGCCAAUAUUUAUAAACCGGUAAAAGCAGACGACGUUGUUUUCGUCCAUCGAUUUCACGUCUGUUUGUUUGUCUGUAUAAAUUUGUUUUUUUCUUCUUCUUUUUCUGUAUUUCUAAUUAUGUAUCUAUUUUCUUCAUUCGUUGAAUUUUUAAUUUUCUUUCUUUCUUUGGUGUUUCGGAAAUUUUUCUUUAUUUGUUUUCUUCAUAAUUUUCUCUUUUUAUUCUUUUUUUCUUUCUUUGCUUUUUUCUUGCCUUCCCUUUCUUUCAUAUCCCCCUUUAUUUCUUUGUUUAUCUCUUUCUUUCUUUUCCUCAUUUCUUUCUUUCUUUCUUUCUUUCUUUCUUUCUUUCUUUCUUUGCUUUUUUCUUGCCUUCCCUUUCUUUCAUAUCCCCUUUAUUUCUUUGUUUAUCUCUUUCUUUCCUUUCCUCAUUUCUUUCUUUCUUUCUUUCUUUCUUUCUUUCUUUCUUUCUUUCUUUCUUAUUAA